AAUAAUAAUAAUAAUAACAACUCAUCAUCACUAUUAUUACUACUAAAGCACUAGCUAUAUGCUUAUUAGAGAGAGAAGAGAAAGAGGCUUAGAAAGAGAGAGAGUUAUAAAGUGAAAGAAAGAGAGAAACAAAAGAAGAGAAAUCAUCAAUGGAGAAGAUGGUGUUUGAGGAAACUGAGCUCAGGCUUGGGCUGCCAGGGAACAACAAGAAGAAGAACAAUGAAAAGAAGAGAGGGUUCUCUGAGACCGAAUCUGAAACUGAGAGUGAUGAGAACAAUAACAGUGAUGAAACUUCCAACACUACCGUGGAUUUGUUGCUGAAUCUCUCGUCACCAAAGAAGGAAGCAAAUAAGAAUAACAACAAUGGUGUUGUUGCUGAGAAUCACUCAUCUCCUAAUAGUAAUAAGGAGAAGAAUCUUCUUCCUUCUGAUCCUGCCAAGCCUCCUGCUAAGGCUCAAGUGGUGGGAUGGCCACCAGUGAGGUCAUACAGGAAGAACAUGUUUGCAGUUCAAAAAAGCAGCACAGAAGAGAGUCAGAAGAAUGAGAAGAAUAACAAUAAUGGAAAUGGUAAUGGAAGCUUUGUGAAGGUAAGCAUGGAUGGUGCACCCUACCUUCGCAAAGUGGACUUGAAGAACUACAAUAGUUACCCUCAGCUCUCUGAUGCCUUAGGCAAAAUGUUUAGCUCUUUCACUAUUGGAAGUUGUGAAUCAGAAGGAAUGAAGGAUUUCUUCAUGAAUGAGAGAGCUUUGAUGGAUUUAUUGAACAAUUCUGAUUAUGUCCCAACUUAUGAAGAUAAGGAUGGAGAUUGGAUGCUUGUCGGUGAUGUUCCUUGGGAGAUGUUUGUGGAAUCAUGCAAGCGUUUACGUAUCAUGAAAGGAAAAGAAGCAAUUGGACUGGCACCUAGAGCCAUGGAGAAAUGCAAGAACAGAAGCUAGAGAGUAGUGGUGGUUAUAGCAGUGUCCAUAACCUGCUCCAUAUCCCUUUGUGGUGCCCAGUUGACUAUAGCAGACAAAGAUGGACAGAGAGAGCAUGGUCUUCAAAAUAUAUAGUUUUAAUUAUAAUAUUUUAAUUAAUCUGUGUAUUAUCAUGGUUUGUUAUAUAUAAUAUCAAUUAUCAAACAUAGCACUAGCUAAAUGCAUUAUGCAUAUGCAUGUGUAAGCAUAAAUUAUGAAACAUAAACUAUAACGACUCUAAAUUAUGUUGCAAGACCAUUUUCUUUUUCUUUUUGUUUUCUCCUAAAAAAAUAAGUUUCUUCUUGUGUGUGGAUGCUCAAUAAUAAUGUUAAUAAUGUGCUUGUUUGUUGUUGUAGC